GUUCCUGGAUCUCCUCUCCGGAACCUGGGCAGAGUGUGUUCGUACCCAAUCCAGUGACCUUCGCCUGUCUGAGUCCUGGUUAAUUUUUGCCCAGUCUGCAGGCUGCAGGGCUCCUCCCCUUCAGGGAUAUAAGCCUGGCCCGAGGCUGCCCUGUUCCUCGCCUGUCCUGAGCCUCCCCGCGCUCCCUCCCCACCCUCACCAUGGGAAAGGGAUUCUACAUUUCCAAGGCCCUGGGCAUCCUGGGCAUCCUCCUGGGCGUGGCGGCUGUGGCCACCAUCAUUGCUCUGUCUGUGGUAUACGCCCAGGAGAAGAACAAGAAUGCCGAGUGUGCCACUGUGGCCCCUUCCACGACCCCCUCCACGACCCCCUCCACCAGUUCAGCCACCACCUUGGACCAGAGCAAGCCGUGGAACCAAUACCGUCUACCCACGACCCUGUUGCCCGACUCCUACAAUGUGAAGCUGAGGCCCUAUCUCACCCCCAACGAUAAGGGCCUGUAUAUCUUCAAGGGCACGAGCACCGUCCGCUUCAUCUGCAAGGAGCCCACCAAUGUCAUCAUCAUCCAUAGCAAGAAGCUCAACUACACCACCACCCAGGAGCACAUGGUGGUCCUGCGGGGCGUGGGGGGCACCCAGGCUCCCAGCAUCGACAGGACUGAGCUGGUAGAGCUCACCCAGUACCUGGUGGUGCACCUCAAGGGCUCGCUGGAGGCAGGCAGAAUGUAUGAGAUGGACGCUGAGUUUGAAGGGGAGCUGGCCGACGACCUGGCAGGCUUCUACCGCAGCGAGUACAUGGAAGGCAACGUUAAAAAGGUGCUGGCCACGACACAGAUGCAGGCUCCAGAUGCCCGGAAAUCCUUCCCAUGCUUUGAUGAACCAGCCAUGAAGGCCACGUUCAACAUCACCCUCAUCCACCCCAAGGACCUCACGGCCCUGUCCAACAUGCUGCCCAAAGGUCCCAGUGUCCCACUUGAGGGAGACCCCAACUGGAACGUCACUGAGUUCGAAACCACACCUAAAAUGUCCACGUACCUACUGGCCUUCAUCGUGAGCGAGUUCACGUGUGUGGAGGGAAAGUCAGCCAAUGAUGUCCUGAUCAGGAUCUGGGCUCGGCCUAAUGCAACUGCGGAGGGCCAUGGCAUUUAUGCCCUGAACAAGACAGGUCCCAUCUUAGACUUCUUUGCCCAUCACUAUGCUACAUCAUACCCACUCCCCAAAUCUGAUCAGAUUGCCUUGCCUGACUUCAAUGCUGGUGCCAUGGAGAACUGGGGGCUGGUGACCUACCGGGAGAAUGCGCUACUGUUCGACCCACUGUCCUCCUCCAUCAGCAACAAGGAGCGGGUGGUCACUGUGAUUGCUCAUGAGCUGGCCCACCAGUGGUUUGGGAACCUGGUGACUCUGGCCUGGUGGAAUGACCUGUGGCUGAAUGAGGGCUUUGCCUCCUACGUGGAGUACCUGGGUGCUGACUAUGCAGAGCCCAACUGGAAUCUGAAAGACCUCAUAGUGACAAAUGACGUGUACCCUGUGAUGGCUGUGGACGCACUGGCCUCCUCCCACCCGCUGACCACCCCUGCCGAGGAGGUCAACACACCUGCCCAGAUUAGCGAGAUGUUCGACACCAUCUCCUACAGCAAGGGAGCCUCGGUCAUCAGGAUGCUCUCUGACUUCCUGACUGAGGAACUGUUCAAGAAGGGCCUGGCAUCCUACUUGAAUGCCUUUGCCUAUCAGAACACCACCUACCUAGACCUGUGGGAGCACUUGCAGAAGGCUGUAAACAAUCAGACGUCCAUCCAACUGCCAGACACUGUGAGAGCUAUCAUGGACCGCUGGACCCUGCAGAUGGGCUUCCCUGUCAUCACUGUGGACACCAAGACAGGGGACAUCUCACAGAAACACUUCCUCCUUGACCCCGACUCCAACGUCACCCGCCCCUCAGAGUUCAACUAUCUGUGGAUUGUUCCCAUCUCGUCUAUCAGAAAUGGCACACCGCAGGCCCACUACUGGCUGCAGGGCCAGGAAAAAGCCCAGGAUAAUCUGUUCAAAACUGGAACGAAUGAAUGGGUCCUGCUGAAUGUCAACGUGACAGGCUAUUACCAGGUGAACUACGAUGACAACAACUGGAGGAUGAUUCAGUCUCAGCUGCAGAUAGACCCGUCGGCCAUCCCUGUCAUCAAUCGGGCGCAGGUCAUCUACGAUGGUUUCAACCUGGCCAAUGCUCAUAUUGUCUCUGUCACCCUGGCACUGAACAACACCCUCUUCCUGAACAAAGAGACAGAGUACAUGCCCUGGCAGGCCGCCCUGAACAGCCUGAGCUACUUCAAGCUCAUGUUCGACCGCUCCGAGGUCUACGGCCCCAUGAAGAAAUAUCUCAGGAAGCAGGUCGAACCCCUCUUCCAACAUUUUGAAAGUAUCACCAAAAACUGGACUGAGCGCCCACAAAACCUGAUGGACCAGUACAAUGAGAUUAAUGCCAUCAGCACUGCCUGCUCCAAUGGGCUGUCCAAGUGUGAGGAGCUGGCCAAGACCCUUUUCAACAACUGGAUGAAAGACCCUGAAAAUAACCCGAUCCACCCCAACCUGCGGUCCACCAUCUACUGCAACGCCAUCGCCCAGGGUGGCCAGGAGGAGUGGGACUUCGCCUGGAAGCAGUUCCAAAAAGCCCAACUGGUUAAUGAGGCUGACAAACUCCGCUCAGGGCUGGCCUGCAGCAAUGAGGUCUGGCUCCUAAACAGGUACCUGAGUUACACCCUGAACCCUGACCUCAUCCGGAAGCAGGAUGCCACCUCCACUAUUAACAGCAUUGCCAGCAAUGUCAUCGGGCAACCUCUGGCCUGGGACUUUGUCCAGAGCAACUGGAAGAAGCUCUUUCAGGAUUAUGGUGGUGGUUCCUUCUCCUUCUCCAACCUCAUCCAGGCUGUGACCCGAAGAUUCUCCACAGAGCAAGAGCUGCAGGAGCUGGAGCAGUUCAAGCAGAACAACAUGGACGUAGGCUUCGGCUCAGGCACCCGGGCUCUGGAGCAAGCGCUGGAGAAGACCAAAGCCAACAUCAAAUGGGUGAAAGAGAACAAGGAGGUGGUCUUACAGUGGUUCACAGAAAACAGCUAACAGACCCUGGUCCUUACAGUGACCUGGCCCCUAUAUGAGAUGCCUGUGUGGUGUGUCCCAGGGCCCACAGCAGGGCUCCCAUUCCUGAAGCCUGAGGCACCAGCGUCCUCCCCUUAGGAACAGCCUCUGUUGUCUCCACUCUGCCCUGGGGGCCAAUCCAGUUUCUGAUAGUCAGACUGUCCAAGUGCCUCCUCCCAGCCUCUGCUCCUUGUGCCAACCCACCCCAGGCCUGGCAUGGCUCUUGUUGCCCAAGGCCUUGGGACUGAUCUCAGGGAAGUCCAGCUCCAGGGCCAGAUGAACAGAAGCCCUCAGGGGGUGAUGAAUGGCCUUGGCAGGCUGCUCUGUGCCCUCCCUCUCCUCCCCAUAAAGACCCCGAACCUGAGGGAUCAACAGGGCACCAGAUCUUUAUUUUUUUUUCUAAGAGAAAAUGUAAAUAAAGGAUUUCUAGAUGA